AUGGGUCUUUCAAACGAUGAACGUGGAUGGGUCAUGGCCAGUGUCAGUGGUGCUGCAUGCAUCAUCGGCGCUUCCAUCAUCUGCGUCGACAUAAUCGUCAGAAAAUUUCCUGGCAAACGCAACUUCAGGAUACAGGAUAGUGAUGUGUUCUUAUCCUCGUCACUCAGUCUGAGUUUUGGUGUCAUGCUUUUUUCUGCACUCUUUAGCAUGAUGCCCUCGGCCAAAAGUUCUCUUCAAAAAGGUGGAAUGUCUCCUAAAGCAGCUGCUUGGACAUUGAUAGGAUGUUUCCUAGCAGGAGCCCUCGGUAUACAAGUCAUCAGCCGACUUGCUCAUCUAUUCAUGCCAUCUCAUGUGGUAGACUGCGAACACUCGCACGACGAAGAAGCCGCUGCCAAGGAGCCAUCCGAAGAAGAUGGCCAAGUAAGGCACGAGCAGGCUCAUCCUCCUUCUCACGACCGCUCGCACGGCGGAUCCAACUCCACCAUCAAGCAACAUGGUGAACACAUUCAUAUUCAACGACCGAAGAUUUCAGCACGCAAGUCCACUUCUGCUGCCGCUGAUCAAAACGGUACCGCGGCACUGCCUCCUGGCAAGAGCCUCUCCAGACGACCCUCACUGCAAGCCCGCUUGAGUCAAACACUUUCCUCAAUCGCUUCCAGAUCUAAAUCGUCUUGCGAUUGUGACGGUCCCUGUUAUGGCUUCAGCGAGCCAUGCGGUGCGGAUUGUUUCAAGAACAUGCAGACAAGACAGGCAAGCACCCGCUCCAUCAUCCGCCAGCAGCUUCUGCGUGGCGAGUCGAACGCGUCCGAGCAAACCCCUCUGCUGCAAGGUACAAGGGUAGAGGCUUCACCCCGUCCCGCACAUCAGAACCGUAUAGCGUCAGACACGGCUCUUCAAACUAGAAGAUCAAACGGCAUGCCUAGCUUGGGUGCUGGCGCUGUGAUUGAGGAGGAAGAAGAUGAUGCACAGUCGCUUCACCACACUAAGUCUCAUGCCUCGUUGUCCAGCACCCAGCAACCCGAUGGAGAGCAGCAGCAUCACCAUCAUCAUGUCCCUACCAACGUCUUUGCAUCGAUCGGCAUUCAGACGUCUAUUGCGAUCGCUCUGCACAAACUUCCCGAAGGUUUCAUCACCUUCGCCACCAAUCACGCAAAUCCCAAGCUCGGUUUCUCCGUCUUUUUGGCCUUGUUCAUCCACAACAUCACUGACGGCUUCGUCCUUGCUCUGCCUCUCUACCUCGCCAUCAACAACCGUGCCAAAGCAAUGUUCUGGGCUUCGCUUCUCGGUGGUGCUUCUCAGCCUCUCGGUGCCGGUGUUGCCGCUCUCAUCUUCAAAGUCGCAGGCUCCAAGAAUGUCGCCAUCAGCGAAAACUUUUACGGAGCCAUGUUUGCUGUAACGGCUGGUAUCAUGACUUCUGUGGCUUUGCAACUCUUUGGCGAGAGUCUCGAGCUUACGCACAACAGAGGGCUUUGCAUGAUCUUUGCCUUUGUCGGCAUGGGCAUCUUGGGCUGCAGCUCCGCUUUGACUGCUUGA